AUGGAAAAGCUCAGAAAACAUAUACAGGGAAUCAUUGAUAAAAGGAAAAUUAAAAAAGAAAAGUAUGAUUCAGUGAAGGAAGUCUUCCACUCGCUUGGCGUUCAAACAAGUCUACAUGGAAUCCCCAGAAUUCUCUCAUCCAAACACUGGCAAAGUCGGAAAGAAUGGGGACAUUCUAUUCAAGACAUGCUAAUUAGCUGUUUCUUCAAUGAAAGAAAAUGUUUAGCAAAUAACUUUACUCUGUUUCAAACUACGGAGUAUGGAAAUUGCUACACUUUAUCAAGUAAUUUGUUCAUAACACGAAAAGUAGGACCUAUGCAUGGCCUACAAUUGAUAUUGCAAGUGGAAAAAUUUGAGUUGUUAAAUGAUUUAUUUGAUGGGACUGGUUUUCGACUCGUUAUACACGAACCUGGAACAUUUCCAUUUCCUCAGAAGGAAGGUUACACUAUCAGCCCUGGGUAUGAAACAACCAUUGGAAUGAGAAUGGUACGUGUGAUGCGUGCAAAACCACCAUAUGGUAUCUGUGAAUCAGGAGAUGUCUUCUACAAGACCUACGGAUAUCGCUAUUCUAUGCAGGCGUGUCUUGAAAUCUGCAGAUUUCGGAAAGUUGUCGAAAUCUGUAAAUGUCGACCUUUAGACAAUAUUAUGGACAUCAAAUUUAUAGAGAGGUUUAGAGCUACUCCAAUUUGUACUGCAGGUAUCGAGAACGAAAAGAGGAAAUACAGAGAUCCCAUGCAAUGUGAGGAAUUCAUUUAUAUUCAAAUUGCUGAAAAUUAUAUCAACUGUGGUUGCGAAAGUCCAUGCAGCCAAACUCUCUACCAGUCCACUGUCUCUGGUGGAGUGUGGCCGAAAAAGUUCUUUCUGAUCUUCAGAUUUUUGUCCGACUUAGGAGGAGCUAUGGGACUCUACUUGGGAGCUUCUAUUCUGAGUUUUCUCGAAUUGGUGCAACUGUUUGUUGAACUUUCCAAUUACCAUCGUCACAAAUGUCUUAAAAGAAAAAGCAAAGUAAAUGAAAGUCAGAUUAUCAUCGUUAAACCGACAAAAGAUACCACUGUAUCAAAUAACAAAUUCACAGUUGUUAAGGAAGAAAGUGAUUAA